AUGGCUACGUGCGCAGCGCUCGCGACGCUAUGGCAGAGUGCCAGUACCGAAGAGGCCCACCAUGCGGCUGAAGCGCUGUGCGAGCAUGUGAAUACGAAUGGUUUUCGUACGCUGCUCAAGGACGGCAUCCUCGCCGAGCUGCAGGACAAACUGAAGAAUAAGAAGAGCGCCGAACUCCGCGAGCGUGCGGCCAUUGGCCUGGGCGCGAUUGCGUCCAAGGUCGCCGGGAAGAAUGCCCCGGUGCCCCUGGGUGCAGAGCCAUGGCUCCUGCCGACGCUGCCGCUGCUCCUUGAUGGCUAUGCCGACAAGAACGAGGCAGCGAAGAAGGCCGCUGAGAGCGCCGUUACGAUGCUUGUCGCGCUCUUCCCCCCCGAGGCCGUCGCCGAACUCUUUGAUGCGCUGUACCCCGUCAUCGAGUCGGGCGCCGCCAAGUGGCAGGCUAAGGUCGGCGCACUCAAGGUCAUCUCGCGAGCCUCGGACAUGGCGUUCGAGCAGGUCGGUGACGAGCUGACGCAGCUGACGCCGGUGCUGACGACGGCCAUGCACGAGACGAAGGCAGAGGUGUCGAAGCAAGCGAUCAAGACGGCGACAAAGGUGUGCGGUGUGAUCGACAACAACGACAUCCGUCCGUUCAUUCCCGACCUGGUGGGCUGCAUGGCGCGCCCCGACUCGGUGCCCGACUGCAUCAAGAAGCUGUCGUCGAUUACGUUCGUGGCCGAGGUAACUGGGCCCGCACUCGCGGUCAUGGUGCCGCUGCUGAGCCGCGCGCUGAAUGAGCGUAGCCAGACGGUGCAGCGUCAGUCGGUAAUCAUUGUCGACAACCUGUGCAAGCUCGUGCGCGACCCGCACACGGCAGCGAUGUACCUCCCGACGCUACUCCCGUCCGUGGAGCGCAUCGAGGCAGGCGCCAGCUUCCCCGAAGUGCGUGAACAUGCCAAGAGCGCGGUGCAGACGCUGCGCGCCGCGUUCGACGCGGCGCAUGCGUCGAAGCAAGAGGCUGACGGCAAAGACCCCCAGGCCGCCGUGCAGGCGGCGCGCACCGAGGCGCUGCAGCGCCUUGGUGAUGCAGUUCAGCCGCACGUGCCGGUGGGCGUUGUCUUCUCCGCGCUCGGCGAUGCGUGGACCAAGACGGGGCUCGAGUACGUGUCGCGCGUGCUGGUGCGCCUUGCCGACAAGCGUGUCGUGCAGGCGGAGCCGUGGAACGACGUGUAUGUCCUGCCGUACCUGCGACGUGUGUGCGCGACCCCAGAGGGCGCGCAGCAGGCGACAGACGCGGUGCGCGACGUGUACGUGAAGCUAGACUUGGAGCGCUUCGGCAAGCCCGAGGACGAUGACGAGGAUAUCGAGGGCGAGAAGCUGUGUGACACACUCUUCAGUCUGGCGUACGGUGGUCUUCUGCUGCUGAACCACACGCGGCUACGUCUGUACCGUGGCCACCGCUACGGUAUUGUGGCUGCGAACGGUAGCGGAAAGUCGACGCUGCUCAAGGCCAUGCGUGACGGCAAGGUCGAGGGCUACCCCGACCAGGACCAAGUGCGCACGGUCAUGGUCGAGCAUUCGCUGCAGGGCGAAGAUGGCUCACGGCCGAUUCUGGACUUUGUUUGUGGGGACCCCAAGCUCGCGCACAAGCAGCGCGACGAAGUGGCCGAGGCGCUGCGCGCCGUCGGCUUCGAUGACGAGCGUCAGCAGACGCCGGUCGGCAGUCUGAGUGGUGGCUGGAAGAUGAAGCUGGAGCUGGCACGUGCCAUGCUGAUUGGUGCGGACAUUUUGCUGCUGGACGAGCCGACGAACCAUUUGGAUGUGGCGUCGAUCCGCUGGCUCGAGUCGUACCUCGUGUCUAAUUCGAACAUUACUGUACUUACGGUGUCGCACGACUCUGGCUUCCUGGACAAUGUGUGUACGGACAUUAUCCACUACGAGCACAAGAAGCUCAAGUACUACCGCGGCAACCUGUCCGAAUUUGUCAAGACGCGCCCUGAGGCGAAGAGCUACUACUCGCUCGCUGCGACGAGCGUUAAAUUCACGUUCCCGCCGCCGGGCUCGCUUAUGGGUGUGCGCUCGAACACGCGUACGAUUCUCAAGGCGUCGCACGUUACCGUGCACUACCCGGGCAUGCCGCGCCCGUCGCUGGUCGACGCGAGUGUGUCAAUUAGUCUGUCGAGCCGUGUUGGUGUGGUGGGCCCGAACGGGGCCGGUAAAAGUACUUUGAUCAAGGUGCUGACCGGCGAGAUUAUCCCGACGGAGGGCAAGGUCGAGAAGCACCCGAACCUGCGUGUGGCCAUGAUGGCACAACACGCGUUCCACCACCUUGAGCAGCACCUGGAGAAGAGCGCGUGCCAGUACAUCCGCUGGCGGUACCAGGAUGGCCACGACCGUGAGAUUACAGAGAAGGCAACGCGCAAGCUUACGACGGAGGAGGCCGAACAGAUGAAGGUGCCGAUUGUGUCGCAGACUGGCGAGAAGCGGAUGGUCGAGUUUAUCGUUGGACGCAGCAAGCUGAAGAAGAGCUACCAGUACGAGAUCAAGUGGGUCGGCCUCGAGCACCGCUACAACACAUGGAUUCCACGCGAGCGCCUGCUGGAGCUCGGUUUCACGAAGCUGGUGCAAAAGUUUGACGACUUUGAUGCGUCGCGCGAGGGCGCGGGCAGCCGAGACCUGAGCCAGAAGGCGAUCCGCGCGGAGCUCGAGGCGGUCGGUCUGAACGGCGAGAUUGCCGAGAACAAUGCCAUGGGCGGCUACAGUGGUGGCCAAAAGGUCAAGGUCGUCUUGGCUGCAGCGCUGUGGAACAACCCCCAGGUGCUCGUGCUGGAUGAGCCGACCAACUAUCUCGACCGCGAGGCGCUCGGUGGUCUCGCCGUCGCGAUCCGCGAGUGGGCUGGCGCCGUGAUUAUCAUCUCGCACAACCAGGAGUUCAUCAGUGCGCUGUGCCCGGAGAUCUGGAACGUCGACGCCGGCCGCAUCGUGUCCAAGACGCGCACGGACGUUGCGUCAGAGAACUUUGCCGACUCUUCGGCCACCACGCCUGUCAGCACCGAACCGAACAGCGAGGCCCCAAGUGCCGCGACAAGCGCUGCGCCCAGCCGCGCGCCCAGCGACGAUGAGGACAUGUCCAAGCUCAAGGCCAAAAAGGGCAAGAAGAAGCUUACACGUAAUGAGAAGAAGGCACAGGAGGAGCGCCGCCGCCUGCGCCUUAACCGCUGGCUCCAGUACGGUGGCGAACGCGAACCGGACACGGACGAUGAAUAG